AAAUUUCUCAUUUGUUCUGGCAACAUUGCAAUCUCCCGUUCCCUCUGUCCGCCAUAGCCCAUGGGCGAUCGAUCGAUUGAGUGAAGGGGAGAGUGCAUCGCAAUCGGAUUUCGAGCUGUUGGGGCUGGUUGUGGUUGAUUUCUGAUUUAGGGAUGGAGGAGAAAGAAGCCACGCAGGAUUCCAAGCUGUCCCUGGCGCAGAAGCUGUUUCUGCUGCGGUCUCCCGAUGUGGAGGACAUCGAGAAGGCGUCGUUGAAGGAGGAAGUGUUGGCUCUCAUCAAGUCGGAUGACAUGGCCGGGCUUUAUCAGUUUUACUGUCAUGAACUUGGCUGGGAGCUCGAUCAGGGGUGUGUGGAUGCGAUGAACGCGAAGAACGCUGAGGAGUUGAAGAGACUUGAUGACAAGAUUGCGGAUGCGGAGGAAAAUUUGGGUGAGAGUGAGGUGCGAGAGGCACUCCUGGCGAAGGCGCUGUUUUAUAUCCGUAUCGGUGACAAGGAAAAUUCGUUGGAACAAUUGAAAAUUACAGAAGCGAAGACGGUGGCAGUGGGACAAAAGAUGGACCUCGUGUUCCAUACCCUUCGCCUUGGUUUUUUUCACCUCGAUUUUGCUCUAAUUUUGCGUAAUAUUGAGAAGGCGAAGAGUUUGUUUGACGAGGGCGGUGAUUGGGAGCGGAAAAACAGAUUGAAGGUGUACGAGGGAUUGUAUUGUAUGGCAACCCGGAACUUCAAGCAAGCAGCUAAUUUGUUCUUGGACUCAAUUUCAACGUUCACUACCACCGAGCUUUUCUCUUACGAUACCUUUAUCUUCUACUCCGUACUUACCAGCAUCAUCUCUCUGGACCGUGUGGCUUUGAGGCAGAAAGUGGUGGAUGCUCCAGAGAUCCUUACCGUAAUAGGGAAGAUUAACCAUCUUUCCGACUUUCUUAAUGCCCUAUACGAUUGUCACUACGAAACAUUUUUUGUGGCAUUUGCAGGUUUGACCGAUCAAAUUAGACUUGACCGGUACCUACAUCCACACAUCCGAUUCUACAUGCGUGAAGUGCGUUCAGUAGCUUACUCGCAGUUUCUCGAGUCAUACAAGAGCGUUACCAUGGAUGCUAUGGCGAAGGCUUUCGGUGUUAGCGUCAAUUUUCUGGACUUGGAACUUUCAAGGUUUAUUGCUGCCGGAAGGUUGAAUUGUAAGAUUGACAAAGUGGCUGGCGUCCUCGAAACCAACAGACCAGAUGCGAAGAAUGCUCUGUAUCAGUCCACUAUCAAGCAGGGAGAUUACCUGCUCAAUCGCAUACAGAAAUUGUCCAGAGUCAUUGACCUAUAAAUCGUUGAUAGAAUCGUCAUGUUACGAGCUGUUUAUUUUGUGACACACCAGUAAGCACUGAAUGCUAGCUGGGAUAUAGUUCAAUCAUUGCUAGGCAAUGGUUACAGCGUUAUUGAACAUGCAACAGCAUUUUUUGCGAUGGUUCCAGUCCAGUGGUUGGGAACUGUAGCGCUUUGAAGUCGCUGCACCCAGUUUCAAUGUACAUUGCUGUUCUUGUUGUGCUUAAUUCGUGAAGCUUACAUUCUGGGA